AUGCUGCAGCAUAUCCCAGACCGCGUCGACUUCGUGCCACCGCACCAGGGCCGGAACAUCUUACCUAAUUGCCCUUUCUUCAACAGACUGCUGCGGCUGGCUCACGACGCGCCCUCGAGGCCCAUCAUUGCCGAUGUCAACCUGGGCGUGGAGAAGUCGCGCAUCCAGCUGCUGACAGACGUCCUGGAGAUGCGGAAUGACCUGCUCGACGCCCUGGACGAGACGAGCAGAGCAGACCUGGCAUCACGAGGAGCCCGCCGGGGGCCUGUCUUCAUCGCCGUUCUGGCUGCUGGGGGCUACGAAUACACCGUGGCAGUUCUGGGAAUUCUUGCCUUAGGAGGAGGAGCCGCCGUGGUGCCCAUCAGCCCGCAAGCCCCUCUCAAGGAGGCUUGCUACUUUAUGGAAAAGGCACAGUGCGUAGCCGUCCUGACGGCCUCGAAUUUGUCCCAGCAAGGGAGUGCUUUGGAAGCAACCAUCCGCAGCCAGCGCCAGGGGACAUCCCUCCCUUUUCGCCGGAUCCUGAUCGCCCCCUCGCUCCGCAGCCACAGCCUCCGCCCGCACGACAUCACCACCUCGUCGGACCGGUACCCAGACGACAACGCGGCCGGGUAUGUCAUCUUCACGUCGGGCACGACGGGCCCGCCUAAGGGCGCUUGCCACCGCCGCGGCUUGAUCCACGAGGUCGCCCGCUCCAUCGCCGACCACUACAAGGUCUCUGAGAGUGACCGUAUUCUGCACAUGCUGCCCGUCCACCACGCCACGGGGGCAUACCUGUCCUUCUUCCCCUUCCUGGUCCAGGGCGCCUGCAUCGAGUUCCGCGCCGGGGCCUUCAGCGCCGAGUGGACGUGGAAGCGGUGGCGGAAAGGAGGUAUCUCGUUCUUCACGGGUGUGCCGACCAUGUAUGUGCGCAUGAUGCGUUAUUUCCAGCAGCAUAACCCGGGGGGAUUGUCAAGUUCAAACUCCUCCUCUCCUAUCGGAGUCAUCGAUGCCACCACAGCAGCUGCAGCAGCGACACGGAUCCGUGGCAUGCUGUGCGGCACGUCCGCCCUGCCCCGGCCGGUGGAGGAGUUCUGGGAAACGCUCCGGGGCGGAAAGCGCAUUCUGACGCGCUACGGGAGCACCGAGUCCGGGGCGGUGUUCAAGAUGGCCCUGGAACCGGGAGACACUCCGUCGGGUUCGGUGGGCGUGGUUUCACCGGGCGUAGAGGUGCGCUUCGAAGACGACGGCGACGAGGGGGAACUCCUGAUCAAGAGUCCCAGUAUGUUCAUGGGCUACCUCUCCGACGAGGCCGCCACGCGGGCCACUCACGACGCCCAGGGGUUCUACAAGACCGGCGACAUCGCACGGCGCGAAGGGAAAUACUACUUCAUCCUGGGCCGCGCGUCGGUCGACAUCCUCAAGAGCGGCGGCUACAAGAUCUCGGCGCUGGACGUCGAGCGCGAGUGUCUGGGUCUGCCCUACGUCAACGAGGUCAUGGUUGUCGGCGUCGACGACCCGGAGUGGGGCCAGCGCGUGGCUGCCGCGGUGACCUUGCGUGAGGAUCAGAGUACAUAUUCGUACCGCGGUAGCAGUGGCGGUAAUAGUGGCAGUAGAGCACUCACGCUAGCCCAGCUCCGCAGCGAUCUCGCCGGCAAACUGGCCCGUUACAAGCUGCCGACGUUGCUCCGCGUGGUCGACGGCGAGCUGCCCAAGAACGCGACGGGCAAGGUGGCCAAGAAAGUGUCCGGGCCGAUGCUGUUCCCGGCCAACUAUGCGCAGAUUCCGGAGGUGCAGGUGUGGUCUAAUGCAGCUGGUGCAACGGGGCCGUCGUCACCGGAGAGGAGGAACACGGCGGGCAUGGCGAGGCUUUGA